AUGUUGUUCCAUUUUUUUCUCUGCUUUGUAGCACUUUUAACGAAAUUAACAUUUGCAAAGCAUAUACCUUAUUCUAACAUUGCAUCGCUAAUUGGCCACGUCAAUUUUAUCGUGCCGACAUCGAAUUUGUUAAACAGCUCUGUUCUCCUUUCAAGUGUCAACGGCAAUGUGGGGUUUCUAAAUUACAAGACAGGCACCCUUGAUUAUGUGCAAAACCAUCGAGAAAAUGAGAAAGUAAAAAAACUGCACGGAGAUGACAGCCACGCGGCUGUGUUGAUUUAUAGAGAUCCUUUGGAAGAAAAUGAAGUUGCAGCAAAUUACACAAAUGAUGGAGAACGCUACUCGUAUAUUAACGUGUACAGCACGAUGGACUCCAAUCUGCUGAGCUCCUUUGAAUAUAGGAACGAAAUAAUUGAAGACUUUUUAAUUAACGAAGAGAAAAUAUUUAUCCUCCUUCAUGACAGAAUAGAUGUAGGCGAUAUAAGCAGUAACAAAAUAAACUCGCUAAAUUUUCAGGAGCUAAAUUUAAAUUGCAUUUACGCUAAGAUUGUGGCAGUUAACAAUGUGGGCGUGUCCUUGUUCUAUGUGGAUGCUGAAUUGGGGGGGCAUCUAGUAACCGUAAAUGUUACAAAUAAGAGUCUAGAAAAUGACGUAAAAAUUAGCCAACUUAAGCUGAACGACAAAAUGGUUAAUUACGUCAAUGUAGUGAAUAGCAUAAAUGUUAUUGUAGUGUAUAAUAAGGAGCUCCUCCACUGGGUAGAACUAUCAGACGGGGGAAUGAAGUACCACUAUGGGUCUUUGUCAAUAGGUGGACAGGAUGACAAGGCGGAUAAGGAAAAGACAAGCGAAACCACUAAAAAGCAUACCCCUUUUAGGGAUGACUUCAUGUCUCAGUGGAACACAGAAAAUUGCUUCGUCGUAAAAUUGGGGGAGAAGCAACUUGCGUACACCUACAAUGAUGGGAAGAUGCACUUGGUAAAGGGGAAGGACAAAAAUGAAGUCAUAGGAUACUACAUAAAUCAGUAUAAAGAAAAGGACAUUAUAUUUGCAGAAGAUAAGGGAAGUAAAAUUAUUAUUAAAAAAGCAGGGAAGGACGGAAUUGUUCCCCUAAAUGUUCUGAACAAAAGUAGUAACGUAUACUACAAUGCAGAAAUGAUAAUUGGUUUACAUAAUAGGGAGGAAAAUGCCAACUACUUCUUUAGUGUAUACAAUGAUUCAACACUCACUGUGUAUAAGGAUGAUCACGUGCAUUAUUCUAGGGAAGAAUCCCUAGCUUACGUAGAGCAACUGUAUUUUUACAAUUUCCAACAUUUGAAAAAAAAAAGUGGAAAACAUUCCUAUGACACCACACAAUUUCAUUUAAUGAAAGAGUUGGAGAGCUACAUAAAGGAUAAAAUAAGUUCUUUUAACAAACCUUUCCUAGAAGAAGUUAUGAAAAAAAAAGCAGAAAAGUCGUUACUGCCAUUUAACUUUUUUUACCUAUCGCAUGAGGAUAAAAUGAACUUACUGAAUAUUUGCAUGGAGAAAAAGAAGAAGGCUGAUUCGUUGGCUAACUACGAAAGGGAAAGGAAACCAUCCUACGGUAAGGAUAACGGGGGUGAUACAUAUGGCAUGCACAGCGGGAAUCAUACGCCCAACCUAAUGAAUGACAUGAUUGAAAAUUCGUUUAAAAAGUAUGAGCAAAAUCAGAGCGGCAAAUAUGCGGGAAGCUCGGUAAUCCUCGUUGCCACACUGAAUAAUUUCAUCUUCGCCAUACAUCUGUACACGGGUCUUAUACUGUACAAAAUUGAUGGCAAUAAAUUUAAAGGGGAAAAGAAAAUAUUUUCUCCAAAAUGGAACUGCGAAAAGGUCUUCAGUUUGAAUAAGGACAACUGGUCUGAGUUAGACAACGGGAAGAAAAUAAUCUUCCUAAAUGAUCAAAAGGGGGUUGACACAUUAGGGGGUAACCCCACUGGUAAAAAGCAACCGAACAAAAACCAUCCAGGCAGCAAGGAAGUCCUAAAUUAUAGCAACGGAGUGCACAUGUUUAAAAGCUUCACCAAAGACACGGUAAUUACCAUCUUUAAAGGGGACAAUUUUGCCCAUAUAGUCAUAUUUGAUAUAUUAAGUGGAUCUAUCAUUUUUGAAGAGAAACUCACUUCAUUUGAUAUUAAGAACAUUUUUAUCGACCGAAAAAGCUCGUCAAUUUUUGCUGUGGACGAUUCGCUGAAUGUGAAGGUGGUACCCAUCCCAGGGGGAGGAGUAAAUGGCAGUUCGGAGGAUGAUCUAUUUUUUUACCGCAUAAACGGGUCGAGCAACUUUAUUGAAGGGUUCAAACUGAUCAGCACUCCACGAAAAGAGGGACCCGGAAACGAAAUGGGGUUAAUAAGAACCUACUCCAUAAAUCUGCACAAGGAAAAACUGGAGGUUUUCUCCAAGUCGAUAACGAAGAAGGACACCUUUUACCCAAUCAAAAUAAAUAAAGACGCGUCUAUAUGCUAUAAGUACGUGAAUGAUAAUAUCAUAUCGUAUAUAACAAGCACGGACCACAAGGAGGGCAUUACAUAUACGCUGUACAUCAUUGAUGGAAUUACAGGGGAUCUUAUCAUUUCGAAAAUGUUGGACAAGCACACAAAACCACCCUUCCAUUUAAUGAUAAGUGAAAAUUUUGUCAUUCUAAAUUAUUUCAAUACAAACUUGAAAAAAUAUAUAAUUCAGGUUAUUGAAAUAUUGCUGGAUAAGAAGGACCCCGGUUUUUUCAACUUGAUAACUUCGAAAAAGGAGAAAAUUGUGGAUUUAUUUGACCAGAAGAAGAAAAUCGUCGUAAAUGAAAAAAAUUAUAUCAUUGAUCAUAACGUCAAAUCUUUUAAUUUUACCGAUACGAAAAGAGGAAUAACGAAUAAACAUAUUUUACUACUUCUUGAUUCGAACAAAAUAACCUCCUUAAAUUUAGGGCCCGAGAAAGAUCAAAAUGUGUAUAAAAAUUUGAACACGUUCAUUACGCAGACGGAUAUUUUAUACAAUUCUAGGGGAUUCAUAUCUAAUGAAAGUUUGCUAGAAUCUACUACGCUCGUAUUUUCCUGGGGAAACUACCUCUAUUUUACUUGUUAUCAGCCGAAUGGAUCAUUUGAUACUAUUGAAAAUUUUAAUUUACUUCUUCUUCUCUUUUUAAUCAUUUUGGUGUUUAUUGGUACGUACAUAUCUUACAUAAGGAGGAUAAACAAGACUGUGUAUUCCAAGUGGGCCUGA